AUGCAAGCGCGGCUUGCGCCACCGCUUCCACGUUUGGUCACAUUCCCGCCAUCAUAUGGUGUUACUGGGAGCAUUCGCUGUAUCAAUAGUAGAAACAACAUUAAACCGAUGGGAUUGUAAGACCGGACAUUUAUUUUUUGUUAUUCUGGAGAAGUAUCUAUGAUAACAGAAAGGUGUAUGUAAUUGAGGAGACCGGGCAUGCUAAGCAGAGUUUAAGAGCUAUAAAAGUUUGUCACAAGUGUGCCUUGUCAAACUUUGACUGGAUUUUCCCAUCAGCUUAGGCUAUGGCAUCAGUCCUGAAACUGUCUGGCAGUGUAAGGAUAUCUAGCUUACAGCUGGGAACUACAAAAUGGAGGGAAGGCGGAUUUGAGAUCAAUGAAAAAGAAAACAAAGUCAGUCUGUUGGUGUGGUUCACUAGUGGAGGUCUACCAAAGACUUUUCAGCUGAACCAAAAUGUAAAGAAAGUGAAUUUGGGUCCAAAACAGCAUCAAUGCCGACUUCAGGUAAUCCUAAAAGAUGCAAACAUUUUCAUAGAUAAAGCACCUUUGGUGAUGGCUCAGAAGUUCAAGGACUAUUUGGAGAAGCUAAGAAUGGGCAAACAAACAGCAUUGAAACAAUCCCAGGGGUCUGUAAGCUUCGGAGGUGUGCUUGGAAACCGAGCUAUACAGAAUGAAUCUAGUCAACAGAUACAAAGUAUUGAACGACAGACUCCUCCUAGGAGAUUAAGCUUAGAUGAGACUUCGCUGAGGAAGCAUCUGACAAGCCCUAAUCGGGGAUCAAGCACUCCAGUCCGGACAGGCCUAUCUGAAAACAGGACUGAAAAAAGAAAACGCAUGCGGCCUCCUGAUGGUGAACUGAAUGAGGAUUACCCCAAGGAAAAUGAUUCUUCAAGUAACAACAAGACCACGUCAGAUUCUUCACGCAAGUUUCUUGCAAGUUGUAAAGAAAAACAACAAAACUUGAAACAGGCUGAGGAAAACAGGAUAUCAGGAGCAAUGCCAUUGCAAACUUCAUCUUUUUAUAGCAGCAGAGUGAUUUCAAAGGACUACUGUCAGGGCAAUUCCAUGUUAGAACGGUCUGUUAAUGGAAGUCAGGUUCAGUCAACUAAAAGGAGUUUGGGUUUCGUGACCCAGUCUGUUCCAUUUAAAAAAGUGAAAUUAAGUCAUGAUUACACAGGAUGGACCAAACCAAAAAAUUCUUCUCUUGUGCAGUCCCAGCCUCAGCUUCAAGGGUUUUCUAAUUUGGGGAAUACAUGCUACAUGAAUGCAAUUCUACAAUCCCUUUUUUGUCUCCAGUCAUUUUCAAAUGACUUACUAAAAGGGAUUCCAUGGAAAAGGGUUCCACCAAAUUCACUACUCAGGCGUUUUUCUCACCUCCUUGCCAAAAAAGAUUUAUGUAGCCCAGACGUUAAGAAGGAGCUCUUAAAGAAAGUAAAAAGUGCAAUUUCCACUACAGCUGAGAGAUUUUCUGGCUACAUGCAAAAUGAUGCUCAUGAAUUCCUAAGUCAGUGCUUAGAUCAGCUCAAGGAAGAUGUUGAAAAAGUCAAUAAAAGCUGUAAAAGUGAUUUCCAGCCUUUGGAAGAAGUACAAAUGGGUCGACCAGGAGAAGAAGUGGCUGCAUCACGAAUUUAUACUUGCCCUGUUGUUGCCAAUGUGGAAUUUGAGGUCCAGCACAACAUUACCUGCAAAGUCUGUGGAGAAACUGUUACAAAGAGGGAACAAUUUAAUGAUUUGUCAAUUGAUCUGCCUCGUCGAAAACAAACUCUUCCACUGAGAUCCAUUCAGGAUUCCCUUGACCUUUUUUUUAGGAUGGAGGAGAUUGAGUAUUCAUGUGAAAAAUGCAGUGGAAAAUCUGCAUCUGUUUCUCAUAAGUUCAGCAAACUUCCCAGAAUUCUCAUUCUUCAUUUAAAGCGAUAUAGUUACAAUGCGCACCUUUCGCUUAAUAGCAAGUUAGGUCAACAAGUCCUUAUUCCUAAGUACCUGACCUUACUCUCGCACUGUACAGAAUCUACUAGACCUCCUCUUGGUAUUGGAUGGAGUGCACAAAAUGCAGUGUAUCGAACACUGAAAACGUCACAAGCCCUGAAUUCUAAUGCAUUUAACCAAAUUCGGAAAUACAGUAUGAAACAGAUGAGCCCUGGUUUUGUCAUUUUUGACUCUGAUAGUGAUGAAGAAGUGACUAGAAAAGCUGCUUGCCGUAGCCAUCGUCGCAGUGAAUCUUUACCAGAGGAAGACAGAUUAGAAAAGUCUCAACAAAGUAUUACAAUUGAAAACAGUGAGACUAGUUAUGAAGGAAUAAAUGAUGAGGAGAUGCUUGCGGCUGUACUUGAGAUGAGCCAACAGGAAAAUGUUCCAUCUACUACAUCAGGACUUGGAGUGGGUGAGCCAACUAGCAGCCCUGACACAGGAUUUGGAGAUGUAGAUGGAAAUGAUUUCUUGAAACAAGGGGAUUCAUUUGAUACAGAUGGGCCCACAGCUGAAGAAGUUUCAAACUUGAUCAACCUUGCGAAAGAUUUAGAUGAAAACAAAGAGAACCAGACUCCUGAGGAAGCCCAGGGAGAAUUUGACUGGGUGCAGCAAUACAACCUUGAACAAGAUCGGGAGGAACAGGAAUUGCAGCAAGCAUUAGCCCAAAGCUUGCAGGAUCAAGAAGCACGGGAAAUGAAAGAAGAAGAUGAUUUAAUUCGAGCCACUGAGUUGAGCCUUCAAGAAUUUAACAAUUCCAUGCAUGAAUGUUCAGAUGAAGACUCUGGGAAUGAGGAUAUCCUGGAUAUGGACUAUACUGUGGCUGAAGCGGAAGAGCUGAAGAGAAAUGCUGAGACUGGAGACUUGCCAAAUUCCUUCAGACUUGUCAGUGUGGUCAGUCACAUUGGAAGCAGUUCUUCUUCUGGUCAUUACAUCAGUGAUGUUUAUGAUAUAAAGAAGCAAAGUUGGCUGACAUAUAAUGAUCUAGAUGUAACAAAAACCCAAGUAUCUUCUGUUCAAAGGGACAGAGACAGAAGCGGCUACAUUUUCUUCUACAUGCACAAAGAUAUAUUUGAGGAGCUGCUAGAGGCAGAGAAGAUUUCAAGUGGAAGAUAGAGAUGAAGGUCAAAAGACGUCCUACAAAAAUGCUUAUUUGGUUGCUGAAUAUGAACUAAUAUGAAUAUGUUUAAGAGAACUACUGAUAAUUAUUCUCCCUUUGACUCCCGGAGAGGUUUUUUUUUUUUUUUUUUUU